ACCAUGAAUGGUUCCGGCUACGAGAUAAAUACAAACGGUGACAUCCUGCUACAGAACCAGCAGAAGGGCUGGUGGACGAUCGGGCUGAUCAAUGGCCAGUACAAAUACAUGACGGCCGAAACGUUCGGCUACAAGCUGAACGCGAACGGUGCGAGCCUCAAGAAGAAGCAGCUCUGGACGCUCGAACCGUCCACCACCGGCGAUAGUAUCAUCUAUCUGAAGUCUCACCUGGGUCGUUACCUCUCGGUGGAUACGUUCGGCAAUGUGCUGUGCGAGUCGGAGGAGCGCGAUGCGGGCAGCCGCUUCCAGAUCAGCAUCACCGAUGACAACUCGGGCCGUUGGGCGCUGAAGAACGAGCAGCGUGGUUACUUCCUCGGUGGCACACCGGAAAAGCUAACCUGCACGGCGAAGGCACCGGGCAAGAGUGAGCUGUGGAGUGUCCAUCUGGCUGCCAGGCCGCAGGUUAACUUGCGCUCCGUUGGUCGGAAACGGUUUGCCCAUCUGUCCGACACGCAGGACGAAAUCCACGUGGACGCGAACAUUCCGUGGGGUGAGGAUACACUGUUCACGCUGGAGUUCCGCGCCGACGAGGACGGUCGUUACGCGCUGCACACGUGCAACAACAAAUAUCUGAACUCCAACGGUAAGCUGGAGAACAAGUGCACCGAUGACUGUCUGUUCUCGGCCGAAUACCACAGUGGACAUCUGGCGUUGCGUGACCGGCACGGUCUCUACCUGUCGCCGAUUGGCUCGAAGGCGGUGCUGAAGUCACGCUCGCAGACAGUGACACGCGACGAGCUGUUCUCGCUGGAGGACUCGCUGCCACAGGCAUCGUUCAUUGCCGCGCUGAACAGCAAGUACGUAUCGGUAAAGCAGGGCGUGGACGUGACGGCAAACCAGGACGAGAUCGGUGAGAACGAAACGUUCCAGCUCGAGUUUGACUGGUCCGCACACCGGUGGGCACUGCGCACCACGCAGGAUCGCUACUGGUGUCUGUCCACUGGCGGUGGCAUCCAGGCAACCGGUAACCGCCGUUCGGCCGACGCACUGUUCGAGCUCGAAUGGCACGGUGACGGUUCCGUGUCGUUCCGCGCGAACAACGGCAAACUGCUGGCGACCAAGCGGUCCGGCCAUCUGUUUGCUACCGCGGAAGCGAUUGAAGAGACGACCAAGUUCUACUUCUAUUUGAUCAACCGGCCGAUUCUGGUGCUGAAGUGCGAACAGGGUUUCGUGGGUUAUCGUGCCCCGGGCAGCAACAAGCUCGAAUGCAACAAAGCCAUCUACGAAACGAUCCUGGUCGAGCGCGCUCAGAAGGGUAUCGUCCAUUUCAAGGGUCAGAAUGGAAAGUACUGGCGUGUGGAUGGUGAGGGCAUCGCGGCCGACUCGGAUGUACCGUGUGACGGAUUUUUCAUCGAACUGCGCGAACCAACACGCAUCUGUCUGCGUUCGAGCGAUGGCCGCUACCUGGGCGCUACCAAGAAUGGUACGUUCAAGCUCGUCGACACCGGUUACGACACUGCCACCCAGUGGGAAUACUAA